CUAAUUCGCAUAACCAUUCAUGGAAAAAUAAUCAAAACUCCAGAGAAAAUAUAGUAAACAUAAGUAUUUUGGUCUUUUGGAGUGCGGAAUCAGCGAUUUGUAAAAGUCUUGACGUCUCUUUGCAUUGAAUUCAAGAAUAAUUUUCAUUUCAACAGAAAAUAUAUUACGACUACGCGAUUCAUCUGGUGGCUUAUCGCAUCGAAAUAAACUCCCCUAAAAUUUAUUUUAUAGAAUUUUGUUUUUGUUCUUUUGUGUUUUUAUAAAAUUAGCCAAUAAACUCGCAAGAAAAAUGGAUACCGAUCCAAUGGGUCCUAAAAACCAACCACAUCACGUUGGCUUCCAAGGUGGUGACCAGGGACAGGCACAACCACCUCAGACUACAGGUCAAAAUGAAAAUACUGCUCCUUUGCAAGGGUAUCCUCAAGCAAUACCGGUUUUCGGAUUUGUCCAGCCAUCUCAUCCAACUAACAACUACGGUGGCCCUCAAGGAGUGUAUCCAACACCAUCAUCGGGUGGAUUUGAUCCCCAGCCAAAUUCGACUCCUGCAAACUACAAUAAACUAUUCGAUCCUGAAUCACAACAAAAUAUGAAGAACUUCUCGUUCAGCGACCAAACCAUUCGUAGAGCAUUCAUUCGUAAAGUCUAUAGUAUACUUAUGUGUCAAUUGCUGGUAACAUUUGGAGUGGUUGCAUUGUUUGUGUACGACGACACUACACAAGAAUUUGCUAGGAAGAACCUUUGGUUUUUCUAUGUUGUUAUUAUCACAGUCUUCGUUAGUACAUUGAUGAUGGGAUGCUUUGAGAAUUUCCUACGUAAGACACCACACAAUUUUAUGUUCCUAGGAUUUUUCACUGGAGCUGUAUCGAUACUUGUGGGUUAUGUCUGCACCGUAUAUGAUCCUGAAACGGUAAUAAUGGCCGUUGGUGUGACUGCGCUGCUAUGUCUAGCAUUAACCUUGUUUGCCUUACAAACGAAAUAUGAUUUUACCGCCUGUGGUGGUAUACUCAUUACAGCAUUGAUGCUCCUAAUGGUUGUUGGACUUGUAUCCAUUUUCUUGCCCGAUAAACGAUUGAAAAUUAUCUAUUCGGCUUGUGGUGCAUUAUUAUUUUCGUGCUAUUUAAUCUACGACACCCAAUUGAUGAUGGGUGGUGAACAUAAAUUUGCAAUCAGUCCAGAGGAUUAUAUAUUUGCCUCCAUUAAUAUUUAUUUGGAUAUUAUUAAUUUAUUUUUGUACAUCUUGAGAAUUCUUGGAUCCAAGAAAUGAUAAGUGAUAUUCAAAAAAUAUUUAUUAAAUUAUAUUGUAUGCGUGUAAUUUUUAUCGGUGUAGCAUUUUAAAUAAUUGUAUGUUAUUUUUAUAUUUUUGUUUGUCCCUACGUUGAUGUGUAGCGUAUAUUUUUUGUGACACUGUGAUGUACAUAUAUAAUAAUACUUUUUUGUAAAAGAAAAAAAAAGUUACAAAAUUUCCGUAUUGAUAUUAUUUGUGAAAUUAAAUAAAACAAAAAUCAUUCUAUUUUCGAAUCUCAAAAAUUAGUUUUUUUUUAAACACAAUUUAUAUAAUUAUACACAUUCCUAUUUCUAGUUCAAAGAGUAAAACAUAAUUGAAACACUUUGUUUAAUUUACAGUAUUCAUUAUUUUUAAUUGUCUAUAAAAUGAAGAUAAUUUUUCUCUUAGCUGCAUCAAUAAACAUUUGCACGUUUACAAAUUACACAUUAAUCGAAUAACAGCUUUUUUCCAACGAAUUUCUCAGUACAUUCAAAAUGAUUGUUUUAUUAAAUUAACUUACUAUGGUAUAUAAUAUACAUACAUACAAUUAAUUCAAGAAAAUAUACAUAUUUUUUAAUGUAUAA